ACGAGAUUUCUUCCUGCGCAGCACGUCCGCGGCACGAUGCCAAUUCGUGCGCUACAAUUUCAAGCUUCCCACGCGCCCCGCGGCCACCGCUCCCUCAGCUCACGAGAAAUGUGUCGUGCGUUGUGCCCAGACAGCAACAAACGAGCGAAAGACAAUUCUGUGACCCCGUUCAACCCCGUUGCUUCGUCGGAGGCGCAGAUGCUGAUGCGAUCUCGGACAGGAGUUUGGAGCUCACCUUGGAACUUUGGAUCCGUUUUCGAUGGACGACUUGAGGAAGUGAGGAUGUGGGGCGACUUUCAGAGUUUGGGUGGAAUUUUUGGAGCCGGAAGACGAGGUUCGUUUGUUUUUUCCCCCACGGAGUAAGCGCUAGCUCCGUUCCAUGAUGGGAUGAGGUCUGAAUUUUCAUAUCAGGUGAUGGAGGAUCUCAAGAUAGUGAGAGGCUUCAGCAUCCUGAAGAUACGCAUCCGGAGAUCUCAGCACUGGAGCAUGUGGAUAUGGUGCUUUUUACCGAGGUAGUGGCAUCGAUUCAAGCUCGGAUCGAGGCAUGUACUGAGAUCAUGGGAGACCGUGCACAUCCUGAGCCGGGCACGUCGCACGUAUCUGUUGCUUUUGUAUCUUCAAUCGCAAAGAGUUCGGGCCAUGAGGCUGUCCUAGAGCUUUUUUCCCCCAAGUUCUGAUGACAGAUCACAUGUUUCAGGGUAUCUCGCUGCGUGAGAUACCUGAUCCUUGACUCCUGUUAGAGAGGUGUCUCUUCCAGUUUGCGCGGUGUGUCUCGUGAUAGGAUCGUCAACAGGUCCGGGGUCGCUGGCUCAGAACAUUCAAUCGAACUCAAGGAUUAACAGGAUCAUCCAAUAUUACCCUGCAGUCACAGAACACGCAAUUUUGAAGUUCUCAAGACAAGUUGCUCCGUUUGUCCAACAGAAGGGUAGACAUUGUACAUUGGUGGUAAGGUGUCUUGCAAAUUUGAUUGCAAACUGCAGGAGUGGCAAAGGGAGGCCAGAGAAUGUCGUGGCUUCAGGAACGUGCAUUUUUUAAAUGCAUAGUUUUGCUUGUGCUGUUCUUUGCGAUAUGCACAAACGCUGAGACAGCAGGAUUUCUGGAGGAAACUUCAAGCUCUUCACAGGCACCAAGACUUGCUUCCAGCGAGCUUGAGUCAAGUUGCGAGAUGAGGCCUUUGCAAGAUAGCAUUUGCUGCUUGGAUGCGACCUUUGGUGAGAACUUGGAAGCACACGAUCUUCUCAAUAACCUGCUGCAGAAUGUCUCUGGUCCAAAUUACGAGGUCUUUGGAGUCCCCCAGUAUCUUUAUAAUUCCACCAAGAGUCUGCAGGUUGGCAGCAAAUUCAUUUGCGACGUACCGCUUGGAGCAGAGGGAGUUCCAGGCGUUGGAUGUCAGAAAUGUCUGCAACAUAUUGUGGACGAGAUUGCAGGGGGCAUGCUAUCUCAGAAUGGACGUUGCCGAAAUGCCUUGGCUAUGAGGUUUGGAUACAUUUAUGAGCCAGACACUCCAUGGGGAGAAGACACCACCUGGUGCCAUCUUGAUUACUGGCUAAAAGCCAGUACUCCCGCUUCUAAGGUCACUUACUCUUCACUAAGUUUAAAAAUUACACUUACUUGGAGGUGGAACCCACUUCUGGAAUUUGGUAGGUCGGUUCUAUAUAAAUUGUUCCCUGAUCUUUUAUGAAGCUGUAAAUAAAUACACAUUGUUUCCGUUUCGUGUGGCC